AUAGCGAGGGGAAACAAGGGGGAGGGGUAGUAACAUUUAUAAAAGAAGGAACUAUAUAUAGGGAAUUAAAUGAGGUUAAGGAUAUUGAAUGUGUUGUGGUUGAAAUAUAUUUUAGAGAAGAAUAAAUUGUAAUAUAUAAUUUUUUAUAAUCCAUGUACAGUAUCUCACAGAAGUGAGUACACCCCUCACAUUUUUGUAAAUAUUUUAUUAUAUCUUUUCAUGUGACAACACUGAAGAAAUGACACUUUGCUACAAUGUAAAGUAGUGAGUGUACAGCUUGUGUAACAGUGUAAAUUUGCUGUCCCCUUAAAAUAACUCAACACACAGCCAUUAAUGUCUAAACCGCUGGCCACAAAAGAGAGUACACCCCUGAGUGAAAAUGUCCAAAUUGGGCACAAUUAGCCAUUUUCUCUCCCCGGUGUCAUGUGACUCACUAGUGUUACAAGGUCUCAGGUGUGUUAAAUUUGGUGUUAUCGCUCUCACUCUCUCAUACUGGUCACUGGAAGUUCAACAUGGCACCUCAUGGCAAAGAACUCUCUGAGGAUCUGAAAAGAAGAAUUGUUGCUCUACAUAAAGAUGGCGUAGGCUAUAAGAAGAUUGCCAAGACCCUGAACCUGAGCUGCAGCACAGUGGCCAAGACCAUACAGCGGUUUAACAGGACAGGUUCCUCUCAGAACAGGCCUCGCCAUGGUUGACCAAAGAAGUUGAGUGCACGUGCUCAGCGUCAUAUCCAGAGGUUGUGUUUGGGAAAUAGACGUAUGAGUGCUGCCAGCAUUGCUGCAGAGGUUGAAGGGGUGGGGGCUCAGCCUGUCAGUGCUCAGACCAUACGCCGCACACUGCAUCAAAUUGGUCUGCAUGGCUGUCGUCCCAGAAGGAAGCCUCUUCUAAAAAUGAUGCACAAGAAAGUCCGCAAACAGUUUGCUGAAGACAAGCAGACUAAGGACAUGGAUUACUGGAACCAUGUCCUGUGGUCUGAUGAGACCAAGAUAAACUUAUUUGGUUCAGAUGGUGUCAAGCGUGUGUGGCGGCAACCAGGUGAGGAGUACAAAGACAAGUGUGUCUUGCCUACAGUCAAGCAUGGUGGUGGGAGUGUCAUGGUCUGGGGCUGCAUGAGGCAUUUAAACAACUUAGGAAAAAUAUGAAUAUGAGUAAGUUGGUGGAAUAUAAGAAAGCAAGAGCUAACACAAGAGGAAUAAUUAAGAAUGCCAAGAGAGAAGGAUGGAGAGAAUUUUGUUCUACUAUAGGAAAAGAUACUCCUAUGGCUAAAAUAUGAAAUACGUUAAGACGUAUGAGUGGGAAAGGGAGCAAGUCAACUCAAAUACCAGUUUUAAUUGAGGAGGAUACAGUGGCAGUACUAGAUAAGUAAAGCAAACAUUUUAGGUAAGGUUUUAGAAAAAGCACAUAAAAUAGAAUUGGGAGAAGAAUAUGAGUUAAGAAGAAGAGAUAUUUUAGACAAAAAUCCAGAUAUAAUGAAGGAGAUAUUAAUAAUAGUUGUAUGAAUUUAGAGUUUACAAUCACAGAAUUGAAAAUUACACUACAAAAAUGUGCCAAUACUGCUCCUGGGUGUGAUAGGGUAAGUUAUAUAAUGAUAAAGCAUUGUCAGAUAGUGUAUUAUUAAUGAUACUCAAGUUAUACAGUAAAAUCAGCAGUGUAAAAAUUGCAGUGUUAAAUGUUAUUAAUUCCCAAAGAGUUGAAUUAACAACAUACAGUGUUAAUGAGUACUGCUAUUCAGUGUAGUUACAGAGUGUUAAAUGAUGUGAUUUUAUUUUUACACUGAAAGUGUUAAAAAAAACCCCGCCAAUUUGUCUUGACUCCGCCCCUCUAUGGCUGUUGCCUUGCAAGAGAUGAGUCGACGACGCCAUUUUCUUCAUGCAACUGAGACGGUAAGUGUGAUUGCGUUCUCUCUCCAAAAUUAAAUAGCAAAUAACGUUGUGUUAUCAUUGUUAGUUAAAAAUAUAAACGGCGUUGAACACAUUUGAAAAUUACUAACUGCGCGUGUUUUUGCUAGGUUUAAGAAUGGUGCAGAAGUAUGUGGAAGUUUCUGACGUCGAUUCCAAACUUUAGUAUUUCCUGGAUGAAGCCUUUGUGAAGUUCGGCAUUCCCGCCUCCAGUCAGGCCGAGGCGAAGCUUUUCGAUGAGUCUGGACCUGAAGUGGACGAGGAUGUCUUUGAGGAAGUUCUGAAGCAGCCAAAUUUGGGCAUUUUUCUGCUCAGAUUAGAGAAUUUGUCAAAUGCACAUACCCCUGCAGUGUCCAGUGAAGGAAGCUCCUCUGAGACUGCAAACUAUGAAUCUGAUGACACGGUUAUUCUGAGUGGCGGAAACCCUUCAAGAAAGCGGCAGAGAGACGAAGAUGAAGCUAGAAUUCUGGUCCAAACAAUUCUGCAGGCUAAACCUGGUGGGGAUGCAAUCAUCAGAGAGUACCAAAAAACCAAAAGCUUGACUGACAGCACCAGGAGGAAGAUGAUCAGGAUUCUUACUGCAGAUAUGACUGAAAAGCAUAGCACAUCUCCACCUAAACAUAUUAGAGAAAUGUAUGCCCAAGGAAUUGUUUCCCUGUUUCCAAAUCUUCGUGAUCCCUACACAAAGAAUGGAUAUGAACAUUAUUAUGAUCCUCAAAGUGGACAAGGGUACUUCACUUGGAAAAUAAAGAACAUUCAGAGGAACAGUGCACCAUCAGACAACCGUAGAUAUUCCCCCCAGUCUUUCAGUGGUGGCCCAACUGCAGAAAGAGAGGCUUCAUCCAGCACUGAAGUUAUCCUGACAGAAGAGCAGUGUAGAGAAGCUGUUUCUCUAAUGAAACAUACAUCAGAGGCAGAAACCGUGAAGGUCAAAAUGAGGGAGACGUUUCAGUAUCGUCGCAAGAUGAUUCAAGACCCAAGGAGAUCCACUGAUGUGCUGACUGAAUUUCCCCGUUUCUUGGACAUUAAAGGCCUGAUUGAGCAGGAUUUUGUUUUGAUGUUUGGUGAGAAGACAUCUGCCAAGUUCUUGGAAAGGUGGCCAACUACAUUUAUGCAGAAGGUCGUUGAACAAAGCAAAGGUCUUCACUUCUCCCAAGGCCUUCAGGACCUAAUUGAUGCUGCAGAAUCGGCGGUGAAAUGGGAUCAAACAGAUGGUGCAGGAUGGGACAGCGAUCUUGCUUCAGUUCUCCUUUUACUUCAUUUGAUUCCCCCAUCACCGCAAGGCCGGAAGAGACCUGGAAAGAUGUCCGCGCAUCAAGCUGAGAGAAACCUCAUCAUCUUCAAAAAGGCAGGGACUAACAUCCAAGAACACCUCAAUGCCAUCGAAGAGUGCACACAGCCUUACCUGCUCGCCAUGGGGACAAAUAAGAACAACAUUCACGUGUACUAUAUCAUUCUCGACAAGCAAGCCAUACCAUGCAAGUCAGUGAGUGGUCUGGGUGCCUUUGAUGAACUGUUCAAAGCCCACUUUGUGUUUGGUGCAUCUUACAGCAAAGUGCUGCACAACAUGUACACAUUCGUACAAACAACUAUUUUUCAGAUUGACAUUGGCAAGGUCAAAGAGAGUCCAAGAGUUGCUGAGCUCCGAGCUAGAUUCGUGCAUUAGAGUUGAUUGUCGGUAAAAAAUGAUCUGUUUCAUUUGUUCUUGCUGUCUUGAGAACACAAAUCUGCUUGUUCGACAUCUUAAAUUAAUUCAUGGACUGUUGCCUGGUAAAUCACUUCGUCUUAAAUGUGGUCAAGCAGGUUGCUGUGGAGAAUUUAGUACAUUUUCAGGAUUCCGCAAACAUUUGAAUAGAGUUCAUGAAAUAAGUAAUGAAGUUCUCGCACAUGUUGAAGAUGGUGCUGUUCAGAAUGCAGUUGUUGGGCUACCAAGUAAUAAUGAUGUGGCUACAAGUUCAAAUGACAGUUCUUUGCCAGUUUGUAGCAAAAACAUUACAGAUUUGUGUGCAUCAGCAAUCGCACAAUUGCAAGCUGCAGGUGUUGGUCAGACUACUGUUAAUACUUUUGUUAUGUCUAUGGAAGAAGUUGUUCAAGACAUCCAGGAUCAAGUAAAAGAGACCGCUCUAAAUUGCUUAUCUUCAGAGGACCCGGACAUGAAAAAUACAAUAGAGCAGUCAUUUAAGGACAUUGAAAACCCUUUCACCUUACUUAAUUCCAUAUCUAAACGAAACUCAUAUUUUACCAAGAAAUGGGGAAUUGUCCAGCCUGUGGAGAAAGUACUUGGGGUCAGAUUUGACAACAAGAAAAAUCGGACUACUGGAUUAUAUGAGCAAGUUGCAGUGACUGACAAGUUUGCGUAUGUUCCAAUUUUACAAACCUUAAAGAACAUUUUAAUGCAUCCAAACACCUCAUACAGGUUUAAGUCGGGCAUACCAAAUAAGAAUGGCAUUUACUCUGAUAUUGAAGAUGGACAGUACAUUAAGAAUCAUCCCCUAUUUUCCACUGAAAAAAACGCACUUCAAAUUCAAUUGUUUUACGAUGACUUCGAGACUGCCAAUCCAUUGGGGUCAAAGAAGGGAAUUCACAAAUUGGGUGGUAUAUAUUUUACUUUGAGAAAUUUCCCACCACAAUUCAAUUCAUCUUUAGCAAACAUACAUUUAUGUGCACUUUUCCAUGCCCAGGACAUCAAAACAUAUGGAUUUGAUGCAAUAUUGGAACCUAUUGUCAAUGACAUAAAAGUCCUUGAGACCAGGGGAAUAGAAGGUCUUGGUGGUUGUGUGCGUGGCAGCAUUGUCCAAGUAACAGGAGACAAUCUUGGUUUGCAUUGCCUCCUUGGUUUUGUUGAAUCUUUUAGAGCUCGGAAUAACUGCAGGUUUUGCCUAAUUGAAAAGGACUAUUAUCAAACUGUGUUCUGUGAAGAUGAGCCGACUGUAACUUUGCGCACUAAAGAGACACACUUGCAGCACUGUAAAGCUAUGCAGUCAGACCCAACACUGCCCCAUGUUUGUGGUGUAAAGCGCACAUGUUUGUUAAACACUCUGCAGUACUUCAGUGUAUCAGACAAUUUUUCUGUAGACAUAAUGCAUGACGUUUUAGAGGGAGUUGCACAGUUUGAAUUAAAACUUGUUUUGCGUUAUGUACAAGAGAGUUUUUUAACAGCAAAAGAGUUAGAUGGCAGAUUGCAUUCAUUUAACUAUGGGUACAUGGAGAGGAGAAAUCGACCUCCUGCAGUAAAACUGGAUGAUCAGAACAAUGACUUGGGCAUAAACGCUAUCCAGUGUUGGUGUCUACUCCGAAAUGUGCCACUAAUGUUCGGAGACGUUGUGCCCCAAGAUGAUAAAUACUGGCAACUACUACUACUUUUACUACAAAUAGUAAACAUUGUAUUUUCUCCUAUUUUAACUGAGGGCCUUACUGUUUAUUUAAAACACUUAAUUGCUGAACAUCACAGGCUGUUCAAGUGUUUAUUUCCAGAAAAGAAUUUACUGCCUAAACAUCAUUUACUGACUCACUAUCCGCGAUGUAUACGAAAUAUCGGGCCUAUUGUUCACAUGUGGUCGAUGCGAUAUGAGUCCAAGCACAAUUUCUUCAAGACGCAACAAAAAUGUUUCAAGAACAUCACUCUGACACUGGCAAAAAAACAUCAGAAUUGCAUGGCGUAUAACUGGCAAGACUUCAACCAUGACAGAAUAGUGCUUGGACCAGGAAAGACAGUGUCUCUCAGUGACUUAAAUGAGACUCAUCAGAUUGCAUCCAAGUUGCAUGUUCCUCCACAAACCAAUGUUCUCUCAGUGAAAUGGGUGAAGUAUAAUGGAACUGAAUAUCGCUCUACCUUAAUAAUUUGUGGUGAAGUAACCCUUGAUUUGCCAGUGUUUUAUAAAAUCAAAGACAUUGUUGUUCGAAAUGAAUGCGUGCUACUGGUGGCAUCACGCCUAAAAACUGUUUAUUUUGACGAACAUCUGUAUGCCUACAGAAUUGAUCCAAGACCCAGUGAUUCUCUGAAAGUCUUCAAUGUCAAUGAACUCGUUUAUUACAAACCUUUUGAUUUACAGAUGUCAUAUGGGUCUGCUAAUUUCUUUUGGUAUGUUGUACCUUACUGCAAUCUUGUUCAAAUCGGUUCUUAAAUCUUCAUGACAAAUUUGAUGAAUUUGUGUGUUUUAAGUUUUAAAUUUAUGUGCAACGCCUCAUUAAUGUGGUUAACUGACCUGCCAUGUUUUAAAGCCGCUUUACGCCAUGUUAAAUAAAUACUUGAAUUUUUAUAUCUAAA